ACUGAUGAUGUUUUCUAAUUGAGAUUCAGGCUACACUAGUGGCGUCGAUAAUUUCAAUGGCGAGUAGCCUUGAUAUCCAGUCGUUCCUAGACCAGACUAAACAGUUUGUUCACAAACAUUCGGUCAAUGAUUAACGGUCUAGUUAUGUCGGUAACGUCCUCAAACGUCGCGUCGGGUUCAAAAUAGCUCAUAAGCGGGUCGCGCGCACGUGCUCUGCCGGCGCAGACGUGUGUAUGUUUCCAUUAAACAGCACAAAUUUUACACAACUCUUUACCAAACAUUACCUUGAAAAUACAAUAAAAGGGAAACUUUUCGUUAUUUCAAAUUGCUUAAUUGAUAAAACUAUCUCAAUAUGUCUCUAAAGUGAUAAUGAUUAAUUAUUUUGGUGUGUGAUUGUGAUGUUUUUAAAAUGUGUAUAAUUCGUGUAUGGAAUGUGUGGUUGCUGGUGUUGCUGUUGCACGGAGGAGACACAGCGACAAUAAAAAUCGGAGUGGUAGCUCCGACACCACAGGAUGGCUACCUUCUGGCGGCGGCAGCAGAAGCUGCUCUCUCGAAACUGGACGAUUUCAUGACUGAAAAGAAAAAGGAAGAGACUCACAUUCUGUCUGAACAAGAACCUGCUGAAGAAUUUAAGUGGGAAGUCACGGUGGCUUCUGUCGAGCCCAAUGAACCAGUUUCCAUGCCUGAUCAAGUCUGUGCACAGGUAGCCAGCGGCGUGUCAGCCAUCGUGGCAUACGGCAAGCCUGACGAGAUCGAGCUGACGGCUGAAGCCGCGGCGCGCAGCGGCGUCCCGCUGCUGCUGGUCGCGCCAGCCGCGCUCACCGUACCGCCGGAGACCUUAGAACAGUGGGAAGCUGUGCAUAUGUAUCCGCAUAGUAGUAUUUUGAUGAAGAUGUGCGCUACACUUUGUCAAGCUAAGGGUUGGCUCAGCGCCAUCCUUUUGCACGACGGUCCAGUGGGGGCCCAGCUGGUGCAGGGUAUUGCCGACCAGGGCGCCCAAACAGAGGUGCUAGCACGACGACUACCAGCAGAAGACGACCAGGAUGGCCUGAGGAACUUACUGGUCAUACUUAAGAAAGCAGAACAUACUAAGUUCAUAGUCUGGUGUGAUGAAAAAUGUUGCGACCGAGUGCUCGCCCAGGCGCAAAAAGUUGGCUUGUUGUCUGAAAGACAUGCCUAUAUCCUACUUGCACUGGACUUACAUACGAUAGAUUUGGAGCCGUACAGUCAUGGGGAUGCUAAUAUUACUGGAUUGCAGUUAUUUGAUCACACCGGAGAAGAUGACAUCAUGGAUAGAUGGCAUGAGAAAUAUAUAUCGCGAUUCAAAGAUGCGAUUAAUGAGGAAGAGAUGGAAAAGAUAGAUCAGAUACGAAACGCAGCACCAACCUCGCUUAUUCUUACAUACGACGUAGUCUUUGAAGCGGCUCAAAGGUUGAGAAACUUCGAUAUACAAUUAGACACCAGCGAGGAGUGCCAGCCUUACAACUACCAUAUUUACGCCGACACUCUCAUCAACCACCUUCGUUCGAGCGAAUGGGACGGUCUAGCAGGCCAGCGGCACGCCGGUUGGCUGCGGGUUGGUGAGCUCACGCGCGGCGGGCGACUCGAGUUCAUCGGGAUGUGGGACGUUAACGAAGUAAAAUGGGACCGUCGUGCUACCACCGUUACAACACUUGCGCCCGGCGUCAUGACCAACCAAACCUUUAAUAUACUCAUCGCUAUUAUAAAACCGUACGUGAUGAUGAAAGAAUCUACUGUGAGACUUAGUGACAAUGAUCGUUACGAAGGGUUUUGUAUAGAGCUAAUCGAGAAACUGGCGGAACAGCUGAAGUUCAACUACACGUUCAUUGAGCACGACAGCAACUACACCAAGAUGUUGUUAGCCCUCAAUCAACCAAAUAUGGACUUCGCCAUUACUGAUCUGACCAUAACGGCAGAACGCGAACGUCAGGUGGACUUUACCACCCCGUUCAUGAACCUGGGCAUCAGCAUAGUUUACAAGAAACCUAGAGCGCCGGACCCAAAGCUCUUCGCAUUCAUGUUGCCCUUUUCUACAGGAGUGUGGUUCUGUCUCGGCGUGGCAUACGUCGGCACCUCGUUAGUUUUGUUCGUGGUGGGCAGGUUAUGUCCAGAUGAGUGGCAGAAUCCAUACCCUUGCGUAGAGGAACCACAAGCACUGGAAAACCAAUUCACACUCGCCAAUGCUCUGUGGUUCAACUUGGGCGCUGUUUUGCUGCAGGGAUCAGAAAUUGCUCCAACAGCGUACGGGUCGCGCGCCGUGGCCAGCGCAUGGUGGCUGUUUGCCCUGGUCAUCACCAGCUCCUACACAGCAAACCUGGCCACCCUGCUCGCCAGGAAGAGCAACAACGAGGACUUCACUAACAUCAAUGAACUGGCUAACAACGACAAAGGCAUCACCUACGGCGCCAAGGAGGGUGGUGCUACUUACAAGUUCUUUAAUAAUUCCCAAAACCCAAUGUAUAAGAAAAUGUUCGAUAAUAUGGAGAAGUGGAAAAUGCCUGAAGAUAAUGAUAAAGGUAUGGAAAGAGCGAAGGACGAAAAAAAUCUAUUUGCGUUUUUUAUGGAGUCCACUUCUAUAGAAUAUUACGUUGAAAGAGAUUGCAAUAUCACACAGAUUGGCGGCUUAUUAGACAGCAAAGGUUACGGCAUUGCAAUGAAGAAAGACUCUCCCUACCGGCAAGCGCUUAAUCUGGCGCUGCUAAAACUUCAGGAGUCAGGAGACCUGCGCAGCAUGAAGCAUAAGUGGUGGAUAGAGAAACAUGGAGGAGGCGCAUGUAAUGAUGAUGAGGGAUUCGAGAGCGAGAAGCUGAAAAUAAAGAACUUCAUAGGUCUAUUCGCGGUACUCGGAGUGGGUUGCGUGCUCGGUAUCAUCAUCUCUCUAGUAGACCUGAUGCUCGCAGCUCGCAAAAAGGACCGGGACCCUGAUGCAUCGUACUGGAAACGGCUAUCAGAUGAAUUGCGCUUCGUCUUCAACUUCCAGCUGUCAGAGAAGCCAGUACAGGGUCCGCUUUUACCUCCGCCGUCUCCUGAGCCAGAACGUGCUGAAGAGGUUCAGGAAGAACACGAACAGGAGGUAGAAGAGGAGCGUGAGGACAACGAGUCGCGCAUGCGCUCCAUGUCGUUCCAAUCGAACGCACCACGGCGCCGACGUUCGUCUCUCCAUAAUGCAAGCGUGCGCCUCGCGCGGCACGCUCACCGCGACUCGCAACGCAGUCGGGCUAGCCGGAGACACAACGGAGACGUCUAGCCGAGGAAAAAGGAUCAUCGUUCAGUCAGAGUCAGGAUUGUAGGAAACCUUCUUGCAGUUAAAGCGAGUGUGCGUCCUACGCGCACGCGCACUGCGCUUCAUAACACAGUGCACUUCAUAGCCGAAGACACAAUGGAGACGUCUAACUGAUUAAAUAGGGUCUUUGUUCAAUUAGAGUUAGGAUUUUAGGGAAUAUUCUUGCAGUUAAAAGAGCGUGCGUUUCGCGUUGUACGCGUACGUACCGCGAAUCUCAGCGCAGUCGGGCUAGCUGGAGACACAUCGGAGACAUCUAGCGGAGAAAAGAGGAUCUACUUUAAAUUAGAAUAGGAUUGUAAGGAACCUUCUUGCAGUUAAAGCGAGUGUGCGUCUCGCGCAGCUCGCGCAUAGUUGCAGCGCAGUCGAGCUAGUUGGAGAUACAGCAGAGACGUCUAACCGAGGAAAUGGGAUCUUUGUUCAAUUAUUUAGGAUUUUAGGGAAUCUUCUUGCAGCUAAAGCGAAUGUACAUCUCGCGCGGCACGCGUACCGCUAUUUGCAGAGUAUAGUUCAUGUCAUCCUCGAUAACGUGACGGGCAGAUUUGUCAAAUCUAACCUUUAAUAACAUAUGAUAAUACGAGUCAAUGCACACGGUUUGUGAAUGACAUGAUAUAGUUGGGAGUUAUUCUACAGUUUAGGGUUCUUCAAAAGGUUUCUAAAGAACCACGUCCCACGAGCAAUAUGCUUGUUUACCACCGACGUAGUAUAAAAAAGUUAAGUUUGCGUUCAUCUCGUACGCCAUGCACACCGCGAUUCGCAGACUGGCCACCCGAAGACACAACGCAAACGUCUAGUCGAGAAUUUAUGAUCUUUGUUUAGGUCGAAAGAGGACGACCACGCGAAAUCGCUUUCCAUUUACUCAUUUUCCUCUCUGGAUGUUAAUAUUAUUGAAAAUAUUUUGUCACAGUUUGAUGAAUAUCAAACACAGUAGUAGUAGUAGUAAACUCUUUGUUAUACAAAAAUACAUAUUAAAAGUAAUAUACAAUUAGUACGAAGUACAAAGGCGAACUUAUCCCUUUGAGGGAUCUCUUCCAGUCAACCUUGGAGUAGAUGAGAGGAGAGAGUGAAAAGAGGGUGACAAAUGCAGCAAAAUGUACAACAAGGUACCAGAAAGACAAAGGAUAUAAAUACAUACAUACUUUAAAAGAUAAACAUAUAUUACAACAAAAAGGAAUGGGGAAAAUACACAAAAAAUUGGAAAGAAGUAGAAAAAUAUAAAGCAACUAUACAAUAGAAAUAUAUAUACUAAUCAGUCAGAUAACCAUAGCAUCUUUAACCUCCCCUUGAGCGACGCAACCGAUUGCGCCCGUCUGAGCGAGACAGGCAACUCAUUCCACAGCUUCACUGAGCGCACUGCGAACUGCGAAGGACUUGUGGUAUCCACGAGAUUUGUGAGGGGGGAUGGCAAGUGAUAAAUUCGCGCUAGACCGCCUUCUGCGUUCUGGGCACUGCGUUCAGCCAGAAAAUGAAAUUUUUGAGAGAAGAAGGUGUAAAGAGAAGAGAAAGAGUGUGAAGAUCUCUACGGCAGCGGAUUGGAGCCAAUUAAGUUUUUGACGGUAGAAAGACAUAUGAUCGUACUUCCGUAGGCCGAAAAUGAAUCUUAUACAGACACAGUUAUGCCCCUUCGUUUGAUUUUUUCAAAUGUUUAAUUAUUAUGAGUUAGGUAGGUAGUUACCAUUUUGUAUGAAAGGGUAUAGCCGGGUAAGCAUGGUCAAACUGCCCUUAGCGAAAAACAAAUUUCGUUUUUCUGGAUUAUUAACCUAUACCUUUACUUCUUUUCGCUCCUAGUUCUUAUACUUAACUAUCAAUAAAAAAAGCUAAUGAAGAGGCAUAGGUAUAGUUAAUAUCAAUGAUUGUAAAAGUAAAGAUAGGCCCGUUCGUAUAAUUCUGAUGAUUAUUGUCCGAGAGAUCUAAGUUCACACAUUUCACAGUUGUCUGUUGAAGUUUGUAGUGAUGAGGCUAAGACGUAUCGUUUGUCAAAUCUAGCGAUUAUAAACGAAUUAUUCGAAUCGAUUUUACAGUCGAUUUUUGCAUGUUUGUAUUAUUAACCAACGUUUUUUUUCACAUUGUUAUUCAUUUUAUUGUAAUUUUGUUUUUGUUUUAAAUGUCUCGUUUAUUAUUAUAUAAUCGUUUUGUCAACUUACGGAAAUGUCAUAUUAAUCGAAAUGACAGACUCGACCAAAACACUGUUUAAAAAAGAAAAAACAUAAUAGUUAACUGUUUGCGUGAUAAAAAAUAUAAAAACUAAGUUCUAAUUAUAAAAAAAUCAUCGUAUGUUAUGUUUCAGAAAAGUGAAAUAUUGUUUUUAAGUAGUUGAUAAACCCUACUAUUAUUACGGGAUUUUAUUUAUAAUUUCAAUGGAUCAUUUACGAGACUAGUCUAGAUAUCUCGGACAAUUGCUUGCAUUUGUGUACUCACCAGUGUGCUGGCUCCGUUCUUGGUGCCCGUACGGCCCGUCUUUACGAAGUAAUAUAAUAAGUCAAUGGUUAAAUGGUACUUAAAAUUAUGUAAUAAUAUUUUCCAUAAUGUCAGUGUCCGGAGAGGAAACUGGGGACUACGAGUACGUUCGGAAGGAGAGACGUUCGUCAAAACUAGGAUUUAGGAAACCUUGCCGUUAAAGCGAGAGUUCACCUCGCUCGCUUCUCGUUCCACAUAUCUUGGGGGGUGUGUAAUGCUUAAUAUAAUUAUAAAAAAACUAUUAUACAUUUGUUAUAAUGUCAUUUGAUAUAUUAAUAUACGUUAUAAUGUAAUUUUUAUUAUACGUUUCUUUAGUUAUAUUGUUAUUUCAUCUAAACUGUCAUUGAUAUAAUGCCGAUUGUAAUAUAAUUUUAAAAUAAUAUAUAUGAUUUAUAAUUGUUUUUGUGAUAUAAUAUUUUUGUAUAACGUAAUACUUUAUACAAUUUUAUCAUGUAUAAAUACAUGUUUUGUCUAAUAUCUUUUGUCAUAUUUAAUUUCAGGAUAACGUAAAGUUUCACAUGAUUUUUAUAAAAAGUAGCGCACGGUGGUGUCAUCAUGGUUCCAUUUUUGUCACCUGUCACUAUGCCCGUCACUUUCGCACUUACAUACUUGUUAGAACGUGACAGGUAUGGUGACAAAUGACAAAGAGCCUACCAUCUUAGCCCUACAGGCCGUAUAAAUAAGUACAGAUUAUCAUCCCACCUCACCCAACCUAACUUAUUUUUUCAAGGUUUUAGAUUCUGCGGAGGCCGUAGCUCUAACCUUACCUAGAUCACUUUUUUGCUAGGUAUUUUAUUACCAUUAUACUUACCAAUAAUAACAUUAUAUAUGCCGUUAAUUAGGUAUUACGGUGGUAUGCCAUUUAUUACGCUAUUCAAAAUAACGAUAUAUCAAACUAUAUUAUAUGAAAAGUAAUUAUAAAAAAUGUAGUGUGGGUACAUCUUAGGGCGGUCUCACUAUCCAAAGGUACAACAGAGACAUCUUGUCAAGAAGAUAUUUAUUUAUUUUAAACUUUACUGCACAUAAAGAAGUACAAUAGGCGGACUUAAUGCCUCUAGGCAUUCUCUAUCAGUCAACCAUAGAGCAAAAGUGCAUUUAACCAACUGAAGACGCCUUGUCUGUAAUUGUCUGUAAAAACCGUGCCAAUUUUUGCGGGGGAGGGGCACGUCAAAUGUAUGCCAGAUAAACGUCAUACUCGCGUCAUACAAAAAGUAUGAGUGCAUGGUCAUUUUAAUUCCAUUCAUAAUGUGCCCCUGUAAUUUAGCAGCUCGCUCUACAUCUCGCGUCAUGGGCGUCGCCAAGAGGGGUACCCCCCCCCCCCCUAAAAAUAUAAUUUCUAACUCUAACCACCGGCCAUAUGAAUAGCACAUCAGCUUGCAACGCCUUUGUCUCGCGUGACACUAGCAUCACAUCUCUCAGCUUAGUCUAUUUUUCCCCAUCUCGUAAGGCAGACGGGAUAGGAUAAAACCUUGGUUUUAAUUUUAUUAGAGUUAGAGUUAUUGUAGGGAACGUUAAUUUAGUUUACACGUACUUGAAUAAGAGAACUUUAGCUGAGGAAAUAUGGUGAUACUUAUAUCAUUCUACUCUACCACGACGUCUAUUAUCCUCGUAAGGCCCACCAUACAAAAUUUUCCUAUUUUUAAUUUGAACUUUCUAGUAUAGUGAAUUGGGGUGAAUGUAGUUUGUUGGAGAAAGUAAUGAAACAAAAGAAAUGCGAUUCUAUUUGAUUUUUUGUGAAUAAAAAAACAUUAAUAAAUUUUUGGGAACUGAUGAAGUUAAAGUGACGUCACGAAGUUUGUGACCACCCCCUCCCGCUUGUCACAACAUGUCACAUUUUCUUGACCCCCUCCCUCCCCCUACACGUGUGAUACAAUUAAUGGAUGACGCCUAAUCAAUUUAAGUUUUUUUUUUUAUAUUCCUAGAUAUGAUUUUGAAUACUAAGUAAUGUCAUGCUGAAUUUUAAUAGAAAAAAUCAUCUAUUAAACAAAAUAAAAUAAACUGUUACAAUGA